GCGCGCCAACGCGACGCUACUUCGCCGGACCGCGACUCUGCUCCGUAAUACUCCACAUCUCGCGACUUCGCUCCGCAUUCGGCGACUCCGCUCCGCUUCCCGCGUAUGUGACUGAGUGAUAGUGCCCCUGUGGCCGCUUUAGACGAUCGUGCUCCGAAAGCCGCCAAGAUUCGGGUGAAGAACCGCGAACCGGUGCCGGCGUACGCCAUGGCAGACGCCGACCGCGAUUCGGACCUCGGCGAUGACAGCCCCGUGGUAUGUCUUCAGCCUCCUAUCUUCAAGUAUCCUAGUUUAAAUUCAUCGGCUCGGUCAGAAGGCGAGUCGUCAGGCGAGCAAUCCUGCGAGAGCUCCGACGAGGGCGUCGGCCGGGAUGCUCCGGCACACCAGCAGCUCCACCAGCCGCCCCACCAACCCCACCAGCCGCUCCUCCAGUCCCCCCACAACAUGACCCAUCACUCCACCAGCCACCAGCCCAUCAACAACCACCAGAUUAACCAUCAGCAUCAGAGGAACUCUCCUCGGCCGCAUGAGAGGGAAUUGAAGGUCCGGGACGACUUUGAGUCCCUCAAGUCCUCUCUGCACCCGCACCUGUCUUCGUUGGCGUCGCUUGCGCAAGGGGCCCCUCUAUCCACCCCUUCGAGUGUGUUCGCACUAGCCGGUGCGGGGGGAGCAGGGGGCUUCCCUUACGCGCCCCCCGCGUUCCUCGCGCCGGCGCCCCCGCCGCCUGCGCAGCCCGCGGGCUCUGCUUCAUCGUCAUCAUCCGAAGGCAGCGCUGCGGGAUGGAGCUUCGAAGAACAGUACAAGCAGGUCCGUCAGCUGUAUGAGAUCAGUGACGACCCUCAGAGGAAGGAGUUUUUGGAUGAUCUCUUCUCUUUCAUGCAGAAACGAGGCACUCCGAUAAACCGGCUGCCGAUAAUGGCCAAGUCAGUGUUGGACCUGUAUGAGCUGUACAAUCUGGUGAUAGCCCGGGGCGGGUUGGUCGAGGUCAUCAACAAGAAGCUAUGGCAAGAGAUCAUCAAGGGAUUGAGACUACCGUCAUCUAUCACAUCUGCCGCGUUCACACUGCGCACUCAGUACAUGAAAUACUUGUACGACUAUGAAUGCGAGAAGAAGAACCUGUCUACCCGCAGCGAGCUGGACGCAGCCAUCGAAGGCAACAAGAGAGAGGGCCGCCGCGCCUCGGGCCAGUACGAUGCUCAGGCCGCGCUUGCCAUGCCUCCUCUAAACAGAGUGCCAGCAUCAUUAGCCCAACUAUCCCAACACAUGCAGCCGCUGUCGCUAUCCCUGGGUGGGGGAGUAGCGGGGGUACCGCGUCUGCCGCCGUUACCGCCGCACGCGCCGCAUCUGACGCAGCAUGACCUCGAGUACAGGGUGCGGGAGUACAUGAAGAUGAUUCAGACGCAACGCGAGCUCAUGAGGAAUGCUUUCCUCGUGUCUCCAGGCUCAGAAUCCCCUCCAGGCGCCAACGGCCCAGCGCCGAUGAUGUCGCCGCGUGACGCUGCCGCCCUCAGUGCUAUCGACGUUUCUCGCCUGACUCUCUGGUCUCUCUACAACAACAACAACAACAGCCCGCAACCGGACCUCGAGCCGCAACGAGAGGCCCUGAAUCUAAGUGAAAGUCCAAAUUCAAGCGUGAGCGGCAAGCGCGAGGCGUGCCGCUCCCCGCCGCCGCCAGCCAAGCGGCGCACGCCGCGGCCGCAGUCGCCGCCGCGCCCCGAGCCGCCGCGCCCCGCCUCGCUGCCGGCGCACACGCAGCCGCAGCUCAACGGCGGGAACACCGCUAAUGGCGUCAACGGCGCCGCUUUUAAGAUUACUACUAGAGGAGACGCGACAACCGGUGACCAGCAGUUGGUAGUGUCAAUAGAACUCAAUGGAGUGACAUAUGAAGGCGUCCUCUUCCCCUCACAGAGUGGCAAUGGACAGAAUGGACACAGGCAGAUGGUCUCUUAAGCCUGCACAUCCCUGCUUUGAGGAUUCCUAUUGUUUUAUAGAUAUUUCAGUCUCGAUGUAUGGAGUUUUGUUAUGACUUGAUUUUUGUUACGAAUUGUACUGGAAUAGUUUGGUAGAUACCGUAUUCCUUGUGUUAAAGUUUCUUUAGCGAUUGAAUUUCUCUCGUUUUGACAAGCAUGGUAGUAAAGGAAUUAUAGAGAAAGGGAUCGUUUGUGCUUCUAUGCUGUUCUGGGAGCAAAUAAAAAACAUAGAAAACAUUCAGCUGCUUGUCUUCCCGGGCAUGUCGUAAAAACCGACAGAGGGAUUGUGUCCUCUAACAUGAUGGACUAAUGUUACGGGCGAUAGGCUGAUCCCUUAUCACCAUAAGGUUCAUCAUAUCCAGCUUACGACAUCGUAUCAACAGUGGCUGCAAGUUGUCUUUGAUUACUUGUGGCUCUGCCCACCCCAUUAGGGAUUACGGGCGUGAGUUUAUGUAUGUAUGUAUGUGGAUCGUUUGAGAAAUUUUGAUACUUGGCAUUAUUAGGUCUACUUGUACUAAGUAGUAGGUAUAUUAAUAGACGUGCAUUUGUGAGUAGUCGUAUUAAAGUUGGAAUGUAUCCGGGACUGAAAGUCGCAUCAAACCGCAAAGUAUUUUCAACAAUUUAUUCGAGCUACAGAAGUACAAAAAUCUUUCAUCAUAAAUUCAUCACACAAUAUUUCUAGUUAUUUCGCGUUUUUUAAGUUUUUAUUAUCAUUUAAUUUAUAAUCUAACACAUGACGUCACUGCCUUGGUUGAACGCGGAAUUAUUUGCGGAAAAUAAUUUCCUUGCGUGUUCUCUAACGGAUGUUUUUGUAUGAUAAUUUUAAUUAUUAUUUUUUAUAGUGUCAUGGUUGAUAUGACAGUUGUAAAUAUAGAUUUUUUUACGUUAUUUAUAAUUUGGAUAUGUCCGUUGUGUGAUAUUGGACCGAAUGUUUGCCGCUGAGUUUUAUAAAGUUGUAUAUUUGUGUAAAUAUGUCGUGUACAAGUAUGUAGCAAUGAGUUUUAUAUGCCGUUAUGAAUGUUUGUGAUUUAUCUAGGGUUCCGUAGGUGUAAAUUUUAAAUAACGAGACAGUAUUGGUUUUAGUUUGUAGGUAUUUAUAAUAAUGACUUUUGAAUCAUUGCUUUCUCUGUUCAAAUCAUUACACGAGAGACCGUCUUAUUAAAAAUGUAACUUUAAGUAAGUACAUUUUAAAAUGUGAAUUACUUAAAUACUUACUUAUAAUACUUCUCCUGUGGCUACUUAUAAAUGCUAUCAGUAGAUAAUGACAAUUUACCAGUCAUAUUGUAUAAUGAUGCUUGACUUUACCCAGUAGAAGUGUAGGUAUGGUUUCACAGAUAACAUCUUUGAAAUAAAAAAUAUGCAUGUAGAACAAGAAAAUGUUGGAAAUUAAAUGAAAAGAAAAAAAACAUGAUGGCUGACUCAAAGAUGGCGAUCUAUAUUUAAAUACAAGAAAAUGUUUUUUAAGCAUUUAUAUAAUAUAUUCGUAUAUAAUUAUAGGUGAUAGGUAGGUCAUCUGGUAAUAAUACUUAUAGUUCAUCCUAUUGAAGGCUAGUCUUGUGACGACUUGUUAGUCUGCCUACUUUAAUGGGACGUGAGAUUAUGUAUGUGUAUGUAUGUAAAUGUCCUACCAGGAGUGAAAAUUAAUUCAAUAUUAUUAUUUUCCAACAUUUUCGUGUAAAUUUGUAUAAAGCGGUACAUCGUGUUUUCAAAAACAGGGGAAAACAUGUUUUUCAUAAAGUUUGCAUAGACGUAGAAACUUAGUGGCUCGAUAAUCUAUUCAAAAGUUAUUCAAACGUUGAUCUGUUAAACGGUUAGUGAAUUCUCGAAUAGUUAAGCUAUAAUUGGUCACUUUAUAAUAUAUACUAUCAAAAUUAUAAAAAAAAUGAAUUAUCCAAAGUUAGGCAGCCUACUUAAUAUUGUAGUAGUACUGUGCACUAUCAAUGUAUGCCAUUUUUUAGUUGUAUUAAUAUAUUAGAUUAUAUGAUCUUAAGUUUUGUUAUCACUUCUAAGAAUAUCAUAAAAUAUCAAAAUUUUAAAAUUGUUACAAUAUACGGCCGUGCAAUUUAAUUAGUAUAAAAAAUCGAUUCGUUGUUCCAUUGCCAGGUUAUAAUCUUGAAUUUAUUAUAAAAUAAAAAUAGUACAUGCACUGUAACAUAAAAAAAAAACUUCCUGGAUACAGGAGCAAAAGGUCUCACAUUUUUAUUUCAGCUAAGUGCAAUAAGCCAUAUUUGAAAAAUAAAGUAACAAUGCAAAAAAAAACUUUUCAUGUAAGUUUUUAAUACUUGUAGUUGUUGUAAAAUAUUUUUAAUAUGCUUUGUAAAUGACUGAUUUUAAUUUUAUGUAUUAGAUAAUUUAUAAUUUAAUUUUAAAGAUUAUAACUUGUAAAAUUCAAAUUAAGGUUUUAGAGCUACAUGAUAUGGAGUAAUGUAGAAGUAGGAUUUUAGUACAUUCCUGAAAAUGUACAAUACAUUUAAGAGCAUACUGGCCUAUCAUAGUACAGGCUUUAGGCCAGAUAUACGCGUAUAUAGCGGAUUUCGUAUUACACCAAAAAUUUUUGAUGUAUUCAAAUACUUAUACAUUAUGAAUAAAUAAUAAUUAUUAUUGUAUCAUGAGAA